UUGCGUUCAGCAGAGCCCUGAGAGGGGGAUGGAAGGAGGAGGGGAGGAGUUAGUCUCCUGUAAACGCGGGCAUAUGUUCUCCAAACUCAACCAACCCUCCACUGGCUGCAGGAAGGGGUGAGAGGAGCACAGGGAGCGCUGCCUGCCCACGCGAUGUGGCUGACUCUUGUUUACGCUUGCACCGGUGGAGCAGCUCUCCUGUACGCCCUCUAUAGAUGGGUGAUCCCCGCUGCUGUGCAGUAUCAUGGAGGACUGGCGCUGGUUUGGCAUGAUGUUAUUGUGGAGCGGGUGAUGGACACACUGACCCAGUCGACUCGUCCGCAGCGGCUCCUGGGUGCAGUACAACAGAAUGCCACCAGAGGAGACCCUCGCAGCGUGGUGAAGACCAUCGACCAGUUCUGCAAACACAAGGAGUGGGCCAUGAAUGUUGGGGACGAGAAAGGCUGCAUCCUUGACUCUGUGGUGUCGGAGCUCAACCCAGCGACAGUGUUGGAACUGGGGACCUACUGUGGCUACUCCACAGUGCGCAUCGCCAGCCUGCUCCCCCCCCACGCCAGGCUUAUCACGCUGGAGUUCAACCCGCACUUCGCCGCGGUUGCUCGUCAGAUCAUUGCUUGGGCAGGACUGCAGGACAAAGUCCUGUUAGUGGAAGGCGCGUCUGGGGACUGGAUCCCCAAAAUGAAGGAGCAGUUUGGGGUCAAAACCUUUGACUUGGUUUUCUUGGAUCACUGGAAGGACCGCUACCUUCCUGACACAAAGCUAAUGGAGGAGUGUGGCCUCCUCAGGAAAGGCAGCGUCCUGCUGGCUGACAACGUCGUUUGCCCUGGAACCCCCGACUACCUGCAGUAUGUGCGCAACAGCCCGCGAUACAACAGCCAGUAUUUCAGAUCUCACCUGGAGUACACCAAAGCAGAGGACGGCCUGGAGAAAUCUGUCUUCUUAGGGUAGCUUCGUUUCAAACUAAAUGUGUGAAGUUUUGAUACUAAUCAACUGAAUCUGCUAAAAUUGGGCAUUAAAUUGUUUUUUCUAACGUGUAAUUAAAUGUAACUUGAAAUCCAAAUAAAAAAGGAAAAACGA